ACAAGAAACUUGGUGAUUUGUGUCAGCAAAAUGGAGGACGACUAUACGUGUUCGUUAGAUGAGAAAUCUAUAAAAAAAGCUAAAGAUGAGUUAAAUGAAAUACCUAGUGAUAGAUUGGCAGCUGUUCAAGCUUUAAGAGAAUGGGUUAAUGAUCAAAAACAUUUACGGAUUGAUACUAAUACCGGUAAUCUACUAAGGUUUCUAAGACAUGCGAAAUUUAGUCAAGCUAAAGCUAGAGAAACGAUUGAAAAUGUUUUAAAAUUUUUUGGCAAAAAUUUACAGUUUAUAGCAGACAUUGAUACUCACGACAAGAAAUUACAAGAAGUAUUGAAACUUGGACAAAUAGUCGUCUUACCAGGUUAUGAUGACGAAGGGAGAAGAAUUAUUCUCUACAGAUUGACUGCUAUCACACCCAGUGAAAUAAAAAAAAAGUGGUCACCUGAGUUACUCAUUAGAUCUUGGAAUGCUACAUUUUUAUCAAUGAUGUCUGAUGAAAUAUGUCAAGUUAACGGGAUACUAAUUUUUGCCGAUAUGACUGGCUUAAGCUUAAAAUUAAUUGCUGGACUGAGUGAUCCUGUCAUGAUGAAGUAUCAUAAAGAGGCACAGAAUGCUCAAGUUGGAAGAAUGAAGGGUUUUCAUUACUACAAUGUUGGUGGACUGUUUGAAGCUUUCUUCGCUCUAUACAAACCUUACAUGAAACAGAAGCAUAGAGAAAGAAUCCGUGUCCACGAGACUCUCGAGUCAGUUUAUGAGGUAAUUCCCAAGCGAAUGCUACCUCUAGAAUAUUUACCCGACGAUUACUCUGGUCCCAAUGCUGGGACAAUUGAAAAGAUUAUAGAUGAUCAAUUGAAAGUCUUAGUUUCAGAAAGAGAUCAAAUUCUUCAGAAAACGAAUAGAAGAACCUUAUUCUAUGAUGAAACUUUGAAACCUAAAACAGAAGAGCCUCUACAGCACUUUAGAAAAUUAAAUGUUGACUAGUCAUUUCCUUCCAUAGAAGUUACAACAUAUCUUGGAUUUUCAGUAAUUACUCUAUCAUUGUUACUACAAUACUAUAGAAAAUAUACAUAUUUUUGCGAUGCUUACUAAAAAAACAACUACUAAGGUUUUCAAAAGAAAAAUAGAAAUAUGCUCUAAUAGAUCAAAACAUCAAUUUAGGACUUUGAACCGUGUAUCACAGGUGUUAGAUAAAGAUAUCAUAUUAUUUACUAUUGAAGUAAUUUAUGUAUUCUCCAAACAAUAGAAUUUUGCUAAUCUCUAUCACUAGAAAAUUACAAAUACAGAAUUUUCAAUCGCUUAAUAAUUAGACAAGAAGGAGAGAGACAGAAGGACAAAGGCGAAACUUUUUUUGAAGAAAAAAGUCUUGAGAAACUUUUUUUUUUUUAAUAAAAAAAAGAUUUAUAAUAAAUAUGAAUAUAAAACUUAUAAAACACUUUAUUUUUAUGUUUAUAGUUUAAAAAUAACGCAA